GGAGAAGAAGGAUUUCUAGAUUCUUCUUCGAGUUCUUCGUUUGUACAACUGUGAAAUCCAAAGCGACUGUGGUGAAAUCAUGAAUAACAAGACGUCUCCUGCAGUAUCAUCCAGUCUACUUGAAAAGGAUCCUGCCUUUCAGAUGGUUACAUUUGCCAGAGAAACAGGCCUCGGUCUGAAGAUCCUGGGAGGCAUUAACCGGAAUGAAGGGCCAUUGGUAUAUAUUCAGGAAGUCAUUCCUGGAGGAGACUGUUAUAAGGAUGGACGUUUGAAGCCAGGAGAUCAGCUUGUCUCAGUAAACAAGGAAUCUAUGAUCGGUGUGUCCCUGGAAGAAGCUAACAGCAUAAUUACCAGAGCCAAGUGGAGUGCUAGGUCUGAAUCUACCUGGGAGAUAGCAUUCAUAAAGCAAAGAUCUCAUGGCAGCUAUCCAGAAAGUCUGUCCUCUCCGUCCUUGUUACAAGCUUCAGGAGAGCGUGGACCUCAGCCAUCAACGUGUAAUCUUCCUUCUUCUCCCCUGGAAAUACUGAUUCCACAGACUUCAUCUACUCCCAGAACUCCAGAUGCCAUCUUACCUUCCUCUAAGAUGACUCAGAUAAAAACUGGAUAUGAGAAAACAGAAUCUAUUCCAAUUACUUCUGCAGACAACAGUGCUACGGAUGCAGCUAAUUCAGAUAUUGCUCCUGCCUGCACUGAUAAUUAUGGACCACAAGGAAAGAAGAUUUCCCUAAAUCCUUCUGUUCGCCUUAAGGCAGAGAAGCUGGAAAUGGCUCUCAAGUACCUUGGUGUUCAUCCCUCAGAAGACCAACAGCAAGCCCUGAGGCAGCACGUGCGAGCGGACUCAACGGGGACAGUGGCUUUUGGAGAUUUUGUCCAGGUUGCCAGAAAUUUGUUUUCCUUGCAAUUGGAUGAAGCAAAUGUUGGUGCACAAGAAAUUUCCAGUCUACUAGAUUCACAGCUUCUUCCCUGUGAUCCUUUAGAAGCAGAUGACGUAGCAAAACUGAAGUGUGAACGAGAUGACGCCUUGGAAGAAGUGGAUAGACUUAAGGAAAAGUUACAGGAAUCAGAGCAACAGAGAAGACAACUGAGGGAAGAACUGCAGAGUGUGAAGCAAGAAGCCAAAGCUGUAGUUGAAGAAACGAGAGCUCUGAGGACCCGGAUUCAUCUUGCCGAAGCUGCACAGAGGCAGGCGCAUGGAAUGGAAAUGGACUACGAAGAAGUGAUCCGUCUGUUAGAGGCCGAGAUUGCAGAGCUGAAGGCGCAGCUUGCUGAUUAUUCUGACCAAAAUAAAGAAAGUGUUCAGGAUUUAAGAAAAAGGAUCAUAGUACUUGACUGCCAGUUGCGGAAAUCAGAAAUUGCUCGAAAGACUUUUGAGGCAUCCACUGAAAAGCUUCUUCAUUUUGUAGAGACUAUUCAAGAAGUAUUUUCCAAUAAUUCUGCUGCUUUGUCAAAUUUAAGUGAAAGAAGAGUCCUGCCAGCUUCUCAGACUUCCCUCACCCCACUGGGAAGGAGCGCACGGACCGUCUCCGCAGCCCUGGCGCUGGAAUCUAAGGAGCUCGUUAAGUCUGUUCGUGCCAUACUUGAUACGGAUUGCUUACCUUAUGGGUGGGAGGAAGCUUACACAGCAGAUGGAAUCAAGUACUUCAUCAAUCAUGUCACGCAGACGACAUCCUGGACGCAUCCAGUGAUGAGUGUCCUCCACCUGUCCUGCUCAGAGGAGAAUGAAGAGGAUUGCCCGAGAGAGCUUUCUGACCAGAAGAGUUGAUGGUUUUCCGUUCAGCACAUCCAGCCUUCAGACGCAGCUGUCUCGAGGAGGAGGGAAGCGAGCGGUAGUCUUUGGAGAGAGAAAUGACGACUGGAUUGCGAAUGUUUUUGUAGGGCUUUUUUAUAUUACUGUACACAGUUACAGGGUUAGUUGCCACUACAGCAGUUCCUUGAAAAUAAUUUAGUCAUAACUUGUGAAAUUACAUAUAGAUUUUAUAAUAUGUAUACUUUUUAUAUACGAUUAGGUAUUGGUAACUUUAUAGCUGUUUUAUUAUUUUAUAUCAGAUAUGAUGGUUUUUAUAACUUAAGAUUUAUUUUGAAACACAUGAACAUAGUAAAACACUUCAUUUAUUUGAAAAUUCAGUGCCCUUUUAUAUAUAUCUUAGGAAAGUGAUCUUAGGCUUUUUAGGGCUUAGGGAUUAUAUUUAGGCAUCUAUCUCAUGGGUUACUGAAUACAAUUUACAUCUUUAUGAGA